CUCAUGACUGCCCUUUUCAAUCCUCAACCUCUCUCUGUCUCUGUCUAUAAUGUGCAAGGUAGGAUUCAGUUGAUUUCUUCAGAGGCUGUUUGAUUUGUAUAAAACCUAAUAUUUAUUUAUGGUUUCAAUCCUCAAAUUCCGUAGAGCCAAUUCAUAUGGUGCUUUGAGACACUGUCAUUUUGAGGGGCGUAGUAGGACUUUGGGUGGAAAUGAGAAACUAUGUAGGGUAGGGCUUUUCUGGGAUUUGGAUAACAAACCACCCAAUUCAAUUCCACCUUAUGAAGUUGCCAAUAAGCUCAGAAUUGCUGCAGCUUCCUUCGGUGUUGUUCGCCAUAUGGUGGCUUAUGCAAAUAGCCACACUUUUAGCAUUGUCCCUCGUGUUGUUCGGGAGAGUCGGAAAGAGAAAGAAUUGUUGUAUAGUCUGGAGAAUAAGGGUGUGAUCAAGCGUAAUGAGCCUCAUCUCUGUCGUGUUUGCGGGAGAAAAUUUUAUACGAAUGAAAAGCUUGUUAACCAUUUCAAGCAGCUGCAUGAGCGUGAGCACGCAAAAAGGGUGAAUCAGAUAGAGUCGGCUAGAGGGAGUAGGAAAGUGAAAUUGGUGGGGAAGUAUUCUAUGAAAAUGGACAAGUAUAAGAAAGCUGCGAGGACUGUUCUUACUCCGAAAGUUGGGUAUGGUUUGGCUGAUGAGCUGAAACGGGCGGGGUUUUGGGUUCAAACUGUGUUGGAUAGGCCACAAGCUGCAGAUGUUGCGCUGCAAAAGCAUAUGGUGGAUAUGAUGGAUCAUAGGUGGGUCGAGUGUGUGGUCCUUGUAUCAGAUGAUUCUGAUUUUGUGGAUGUAAUAAAGGAAGCAAAGUUGCGAUGUCUCAAGACUGUUGUUAUUGGGGAUUUUAGUAGUGACGGAGUCUUGAAAAGAACGGCUGAUACUGCGUUUUCUUGGGAGGAAAUUUUGAUGGGGAAGGCUAAGAAGGAGGCUGUAUCGGUUGUGGAAAAUUGGAAAGAUCGUGAUGUAUUGAAAAGGUUGGAGUGGACAUAUAACCCGGAUGUCGAUAAAAAGAAACUUAACCUGGAUGAUACAGUUUCUGAAGCAUCCGGGGAUGAUGAUAUUGAAGAUAUCUGUAAUGAAAUUGAUAAUGACUAUAACGAUGACAGAGGUUCUUGGUGGAAAUUAGACUCCGACGAUAAUGAUGUUACAAAUGGAUAACCAAGGGAAAAAUCCAUCUUAUCUGUGAAGCUCACUCGACCUUCCACAAUUUGUCUGCAGAAAAGGCUUGUUUGGUCUUCAAAAAGGGCUUGUUUGGUCUUCAAACUUCUGAGCCGGCAUAUUCUGAAUAUUGUUUGAGCAAGAACACAAGAAAGGGAGAGGGAAAAUUCUAAAUUUUUGUAUGACAACGGACUAAUUACUAGAGGUUCAAGCUAUUUUACAGAUUCACAAACUUAUACAGUGAGAAGAUUACAACUGCAAAACCACAAGAUGCAUGAAGAAAGCUACUGAUAGCAACAUUGAAUGAAUGAAGUACAAUCAAUGCCAACCUACUGCAAUUCUUGAUAGUUCUAUAUUAUGUUUGGUUUGCUGCUUUCCAAAUCAAUAUUUCAGUCUUUCAACCAUGAUUUUACAAUUUAUUUAUUUUUUUUUGUGUAAACACUGGUUCCGUAUUCAAAUGCAAAAUUAUGCUCAAAAGUGACUUUGUU